AUGAAUUCUCGCGAGCAUUCCGAUAUGCCUCCGGCUCCCUCAUACCCUUCCCCCAAUGCGGCGCAGAUCGGUCAGGGUGCCAUGCAGUACUACACCAACCGCCAACUGACAGCCGACGAACUGCUUUCUGCGGAGCUGUCGCGUGAAACAUCUGGACCCGGUCUUGCUGAUGGCUCCAGUAAUGGCGUUCAUCAUGGUCAGUCGAUGGUCAUGGGUGCCUCCAACCCUGCUGGUGGUGACAUGGGCCGCCCUUCCUCCCCCGACCAUCAUCAACAACAACACAUGCUGCAGUUCACCCCCAGCCAACAAGUCGGUGUCGAUCCGAACCAUGACCUAAGUUACGGUGACCAGAGUGCGAGAAGAAAAAGGUCAAAGAUUUCUCGCGCCUGCGAUGAGUGCAGGCGAAAAAAGGUUCGUUGCGAUGCCAGCUCUGAAACUGGCGUGGAAACAUGCUCCAACUGCCGCCGUCUUGGGGUUGUCUGUCAAUUCAGUCGCGUUCCCAUGAAACGCGGCCCAAGCAAAGGUUACAUCAAGGAAUUGGCGGAGCGGUUACAUACCCUCGAAAGUCAAAUGCAGCCCACAAUGGUUCAUCAGGACAUGCAGUACCAGGGCAUGAAUGAAGUGUCAUCCCCCAAGGGCUACCAGGAUUUCUCGUCGCCAAUGGAUACGGGCGCCGUGGGUCGCAAGAGGACAUAUUCGGUAUUCGAUGGACUUCCUAGCUCUUCGUUCACGCAGGCGCCUUUUAAUAGUCGCUCUCAAAAUGCAUUCGAAGACGCGGGAGAGACCUCAACGGAUCCCUGUAACGCAUCGGUUGUAGCAGGCUCAGUCCCCAAACCCGGCAAUCUAUUCUGGUCCUCCAGUAAUGAAAACGAGCUGCCCGCUGGCAUUGAAAUGACGGAUAUGCCCAAACAAGCAAUGGAGGAGGAUAUGACUCCAUUGGAUGUGGAUGAGGGAGCUAUGAACGCCUAUUAUAUGAAAAUCCACCCUGUCUUUCCCAUAUUGCCACACUCCAAGGAACGCCUGCUGGACAUCCUCCAUCAAUGCAGCCGUGAGGUGCAAGAGAUCUUCAUAUAUAGCCUCUAUACCGUGACGCGCACUAGCUUUGAUCGAGUAUUCGGCACCUUUGAGCGAGUCACCUCGUUUGACAAUGCGCAGGACCUUCUCCUAUAUUACACCCGUCAGCCAGCCAUUGUCCGCCCUACGGCAGUCAACCUGAUCUGGCUGCAGACCAUGUUACUCAUGAUACUCGACUGUGAUGGGAGAGGCCCCGAUAACUUUGUCCUGAAGGACGGUGUGCCAAAAUAUUCUUUGAUCCAGUCUGCCAAUAGACUUGGCUCGGAUCUAGCAAAGGGGCUUGGCCAGUUAAAGAUAAAAAGAUCCUCCGACACAGACGUCGACUCAGAAGCAAAUCUUGUGCGACGCAACUGGGUUGCAUUAGCUAUAUUGUCCCGCUGGUACGCGAUCAGUGUAGCUGACCCGAGCGCUCUCGGAAGCUACGAGGUCGGUGGUCGAGAGGAUGAAAGGAUGGUUGGACGAGCUACGACUGGAAUUGGUUCAUACUCCACAUUCCUUGUUGAGAUGGUUACUUUGGCCUCGUUGGAGCAUAAUGUUUGUCAAACAAACACUGGCAUCGGUCGGAUGGUUGGAGCCAAUCUGCUAGCCUCUCUAGAGCGCCUAGCAGAGGUCGAGGAUUUCCGCCCACCCACCAGUAUCCCGGAAGAAUCCGAAUCCCAGAACUUCCUGGAGAGUCUGCAGAAUCAACUUUACUGGACGAUUCGGCUGCUGAUCAAACGACAUAUCUUUGUCUACAGCCCCUACGAAAUUAUAUUCAGCGCCGAAGAACUCAUCAAUGAGUUGCACAAAGCCAGCACACAGUCUCGCCUUAUCACCCCAUUUGAUAUCCACAGCCUAGCCUUGGCAGCCAUGACUCUACUAGAAGCCACUGUCCUUCCAGAAUACGCAAACGAAUGCUGGGAUGCGCUGAAGAAAGUCGAAGAGAUACUCGACCAUCGCGAAAAGCGAAGUGCGGAAGCUGCAGAGUUCGGCGACAUUUUCGCAACUCCAGGCUGGGACUCUAAAAUCCGCGUCUUUCUCGAAUGGCGCCGAACCAAGGCACAGGAAAGCCAAGCCCAGGAUCCCAACCUGAACAAGAGUGGCUCUGCAGGUCCCCCGGUCAUGGGUCCAAAUGAGCAGCGAUCGCUGCAACAUCUUGCAGAUCUUGCAGUGGGCGCCGAAGGAUCAGUGGCUGCUAACUCCGGUUCACCCCCGCCGCCUGCACUAGCAUCGACUGACAAUAAUUUGAAUGCUACUUCGCCAAAUCUAGGACCCGUCGCGCAGCCCCACGGUCGUGUCGUGGUUGAUUUCACCCUGCUCACUAAGGAAGGUUAUCUUAAUGUUUUCUCUGGCUUGAUCUAUCGUCGACCUCGCUAA